CUCUCCGUGACUCUGGCUGUCUCUCUCUCCUCUCUCCCUGACUCUGGCUGUCUCUCUCUCCUCCCCCUGAUCUCUGUACCUUUAACUGUCUCUCCUCCCCUUGAACUCUGACUCUGAGACUCACAGGAAGAGACAGAUCCAUGGCAGAGACCUCCUGAGACAGACGAGAGGAGACAUCAGGCCGUUGCCAUGGCGAUGCGUGGACUGGUGGACACGGAAUGUGGGGGGGCGAAUCCCCUGAUGAAGCUGACCGGUCACUUCACCCAGGACAAGGGUCUGCGGCAGGAAGGAUUGCCUAGUGUGGCCUGGCCCCCGGGGGCCCCCGCUAUCUCGAAGCCUCUCGGAGAAGCUACAGAAGAUGAGCUGGUGUCGGAGUUCCUGCAGUCCCGCGCGCCCUCCCUGCACGCUCGAGCCCCUCACACCUUCAAGAUGGACGGCCUCCUGGCAGAGAUGCAGCAAAUCGAGCAAAGCAGUUUCCGCCCUGAGCCCCUCCGAGCUCCUGGUGUUGCAGAUCUUGCUCUGUCUGAACACUGGACUGAUGAGUUUCUACAGCAAGAACCAGCGGUAGAGGAAGAGGACUGGAGCCGGGAGUUCAUAGAACAGGCAGACCCCCACUCAUCCCCCUCUCGCUGGGCAGAGGAAUAUCUCCAGCAAUCGGAGGAGAAACUGUGGUUGGGAGAAAGCGAAGGAGCGAUGGCAGAAAAAUGGAGUGAAGAGUACCAACCUGAAGACGACUUACAGAGGGAAGCAAAAUCUCUUCUUUCCCAAGUCACAGACCCCAAACUAACGAACAGCCAGUUCUUACAAUUUGUGAGGAAGAUAGGAGACGGGGAGGUGUCUCUCUCGCAGAAUCCGAGCGCUCCUUCCCAGACGGUCUCGCAGGCAGAGCAGUGGUCAGAACAGUUUAUACAAGAGCAGGCCGUCUCUGAACAGUGGGUCGAUCAGUUCACCCCCAUGGAGAAAGAGUUUGAGUCUGCAAAGGCUUCAGUGGAGGCUGAUGUUGAUUUCUGGGACAAACUUCAAGAAGAAUGGGAGGAGAUGGCCAAGAGGGACGCAGAGGCCCAUCCAUGGCUGUCAGAUUUUCAGGACUUGUCUGCCAAGUCUUACGAUAAGGGAUACGUGUUUGAGGACGACAAUCCUUUCUCUGAUGAGGCGCAGCCGUUUCAGGCAGGUCUAAAUCGUCUUCAGGAAGGAGACCUCCCUAGUGCAGUGAGACUUUUUGAGAUUGCCGUAAACAGAGAACCCAAGCACAUGGAGGCCUGGCAAUAUUUGGGCACCACUCAAGCAGAAAACGAACAGGAGCUGGCGGCUAUCAGCGCUCUCCGCAGGUGCCUGGAGCUGAAGCCGGACAAUCUGAACGCCCUGAUGGCGCUGGCGGUUAGUUUCACCAAUGAAUGCCUGCAGCAGCAAGCUUGUGAGACUCUGCGGGAGUGGCUGCGGCACAACCCCAGGUACAACCACCUGGUGAAGGAGGAGACCGACGCCGGAGAAGCUUCCAGAAAGAAGUCCUUGGGGACGUUACUGUCUGACACCCUGUUCUCCGAGGUUCGGGAGUUGUUCCUUGCCGCCGUCCGUUUGGACCCGAGUCAAGUGGAUCCGGAUGUUCAGUGUGGACUUGGAGUUCUCUUUAACCUAAGCGGGGAGUACCAGAAAGCCGUCGACUGUUUCACGGCCGCGCUGAGUCAGAAGCCGGAUGACUAUCUGCUGUGGAAUAAGCUGGGAGCCACUCUGGCCAAUGGUAAUGACAGCGAGGCUGCGGUGGAGGCGUACCGGCGGGCACUGCAACUGCAACCGGGCUUUAUACGCUCCCGAUACAACCUGGGCAUCGCCUGUAUCAAUCUGGGGGCGCACAGGGAGGCGGUGGAGCAUUUCAUAGAGGCGCUCGGCAUGCAGCAGCAGAGCGGUGGCCAUGGAGGAGCCAUGUCGGACAACAUCUGGAGCACCCUGCGGAUGGCGCUCUCCAUGUUAGGACAGAGUAAUUUGUACGCCGCAGCGGAUGCCCGCGAUCUGGCCACUUUACAGGCGGCAUUUCCUCCACCUUCCACCCCUGCGCAAUGACCACAGUCUGACCGGUUGCCGUGCGAGUGCAUGCUCGCCGGGCUCAGUCAAUGCACCGGGAAAGCGGACCCCACAAUCGUGCACUAAGACUCCACAGACCGGAGUAUCACCCCCCCCAUCCUGUGAUGCCCCCUGGCCGGACCCCCUUAACAAAAGGCUUGAUCUUUCACUCCAUUGGCUGGCACAGGGAUGAAGGGACAAAGCUGAUUCUUGUAAUUAACAUACUGAUUUUAUUUAAUUACCUUGUGUAGCAGGAGACGGUACCGCGGGCGAGCGGCCAUCUUCACCCCGCCCCUCCAGGACAUUACAACCGGUGACCGCCAUCAAUACUUACGUUUCUUGUGUCUGUGCUCAUCGAGAUCGAGUCUACACUAUAUAAGCUGAAUGUGGCAGCUCUUCUCUCUUGUGAGGUCCCUCUGUUACUCCUUCUGGAAAUGUUAGGAAUCCUAUUGCACGUGGUUGUUACCACGUUCCUCGUCAGUGGGGUGCGUGUACACCGUGCUGCCUGUGGUUGCGAGUAGGAGUAACAGAGGGACGGCAAGGUUCAGAGUAAAGGUUUUUCAGAAUUGUACAGCGGACAAGCCCUGUUUACUGCACCAAACAGAAGCGUCCUAGUCCUCUAAAAGGAAUUUUCCAUUUUGAAGCUUUCUAAUUUGGUUUCUGGUAUCUUUUGAAUUUUUUUUGCAUAAGACUUAUUUUGGGCAAAAACCUGUGACUUUGUGUGUGCUAACACUUGAAAAAAAAAAAGUGUGUGGGGCUUAGUGGACGGGCUGGGGCCACCCGUUUGACAGCCUGUCCGUCUUAAUAAAUUUGGGUCGUCUUACUCCACCAGAAUUUUUCCUAAGACAUCAUCGCUUUCAAGAUCCCAGUUUGCUGUCAAUGAAUAGGAGCCAGGGGCAAAAUAAUUGACCCCCGAUCAUGACGCAGGCAUUGUAUCUGAGACGUAUCGAGCCCUGCACCCGGGGUCAGUGAUUUAGGACAGGUUCUUGGCCUCUGGAAAUGCAAACGCCGUGGUUUCCAUUCACCGACAGCAAGAAUAAAUCUAUUAAAGGGUUAAGAACUGAAUAAGAAAUUUUCCACCCAACUCGGCUCUAUGAUAUGUCUUAAGUCAGUGGUCAGGAAUCUGCAGCAGUCGGGGCAUGCUGAGAGUUGUAGUUUCAGAUCAUCUGAAAUGGUUCAGGCCUUCAUGGACACCCCCCCCAUCUUUAAAGGCGCCUCUCCCCAUUACGGUGCCCCUUAGUCGGGGUCUGUAUGUAGCUGAGUGACGGCGGUGUUGGCGACUGAUCCUGCCGCUCUCCGUGUCGGACCACAUUUCUAAUAUGUCUCCAUGCGUCUAUACCGGGGUGUGAGCCCAGCAGCGCCCCCUGUAGGCAGGUGAAGGCACUGUAGGAUAGUCAGUCAUUAUUACACCUAGUUGGUCUCUACUGCAGUGUCAAAACUACAACUCCCAGCAUGCUUGGACAGCCAGUGGCUAUCAGAACAUGCUGGGAGUUAUAAUUUUGCAGCAGCUGGUCUUGUGUAUUAGGUAAUUGUGUUAUAAAAAGCAAGACUCAAGGGGAAUAAUUUCUAAGGGAGACGGCCUGAAGGUGGCGCCAUUGCUCACAGACGGCUAUGGAACAGACAUAUUGGGGGGGGGGGGGG